GUCAAUCAAAUGGUUGGUGACUAUUUCUUCACGUGUGACAGCAUAUGGCUAGCUGAGCAGAUGCGUGAUGGCGGUGGACACGUCUACGUCUACUAUUUUGAUCAACCGAGCAGAGGCUCAAAUGAACCAUAUUUUAGCGAACAUCCAGCUGGAUUUGAUGAUUUGAAAUUCGCUACUUUAUUGGAAGAUUAUGAGCAAAAAAAAGAACGCACACUUCUACAGUUGAACAACUGA